AUGACGAUGAUGAUUGAGCGCGUGAACGCCAACUCCCCGGCACAGGCCGUGAAGAGCCGCGCACGCGGGCCGACGAUUACGCAGCUGCGUGCCAAGCAGGCCGCUCUUGUGGCCGCAGCUGAGCUCGCAGCUUCGAGUAACGCCGAGGCGAGUGUGGUAAGGCACUCGCCCGUCGACGAAGCCAAGCGGUGGGCAAGCGGCAAAGGCCGCAAAGUGGGCUUCUCAAAAGCACGUGCCACCUUCCGUGGCGGCGGCACGGGAAUCGCGGCGACGGCCGCGAAGCACGACUCGCUCAUCAAGAAGGCCCGCUGGCGCGGCACCGAACAAAUUGCCCGGGAGACUCCGGCGGGCUCUGUGUCCGUAGUGACGAUGCCGCACCGCAAGGACUUCGCCUCCGACAAGGAGCACCAAGUGAGGUUUAACCUGUGGCUGAAGGCGGACGGCUUCAAAGGCAAGGUGAUUCUUUUCGCAGCAGCGUUGAAUAAAACGGACACACCAAACAAGGGGUGGGAGAAGGACAGGGUCCCCACCUGCGCGAGCAGGAUCUUGUAA